CUACCUGCAGCCACCAUGGUGCUGCCCCUCCGCCUGCUGCUUGCCACGCUGCUCGUUGCCCUGGCUCUGGGCGCUCCCAGUGAGCAGGGGCUCAUCUUCAACCUGGACAUUGGAGAGCUGUGCUUACAGAGCGCGCAGUGCAAGAGUGGCUGCUGCCAGCGAGACACUGGGCUGAGCCUGGCACGAUGCAGCCCGAAGGCUGCCGAGACCCAGGACUGCUCCCGGAAGAGCCUCUAUGGGGUUUACUACAAAUGUCCCUGUGAGGCUGGCCUGUCCUGCAACGCCGAGUGGAGCAUCGGGGGCUCCAUCACCAACACCGACUAUGGAGUCUGCUAUGACAAAAAUGACCCCACCACACUGCGGUGACAGACGUGUGUCCCAGUAAAGAGCAUCCACCAUUGA